AUGCCCCGAGUUGAUCCGGAGGCCCGAAACGACGCGUCAAGUGCGGUGAAGAACGCCCGGCCUGUCGGCGAUGCACGUCCACCGGCCGCCAAUGCGAUGGCUAUGGAGACACUAAACCAUCUCGAUCGGGAGCGCCGAUCCUUUCAAUUCUUCCUGGAGAAGACCGCUCCUCAGCUGGCCGGCGACUUCGAGUGCGCCUUCUGGGAAUCCCUACUACUACAGUCCGUGCACCAUGAACCGGCCAUUCGCUAUGUCACCGUGGCUUUAGGUUCACUCCAUGAAACCUUUGAACGCGAUGUGGCCCCAUUCCGCUCCGGUCAAUUGGCUGCCAACGGCACCUUCGCCCUGCAUCAAUAUCUAUCUGCUAUGCGCUGUCUCAUGCCCACGCCGACCAGCUCGCAACCACUUGACGUAUGCCUAAUAUCAUGUGUUCUGUUCGCUUGUUUUGAGGCAAUGCGUGGUCACUACGGGCCAGCCAUCACACACAUCACCAGCGGACUGAAGAUCCUUGCCGAGAUCCGAAGAAACGCGUCUAGCACCUUUAUAACAUCUGAAUUGAAUAGAAGGCCAUACAUUCCGAUGAAUGUAUUGUGCGGUUUGUUCACACGCCUCCAGGGCCAGGCCGCUGUUACCGAGCAAGAUAUCCGUUCAGAUCAAUUCAAUAUCUGGCCUGAAUUGGCUAUAGAUCUCGACCGGCCCGUUGGUUUCGAUUCUCUAGCUGACGCGCGUGAAAUGCUCGAGAUAUACACCUAUUGGUACCGACAGCAGGACGCACAGAGAAUAUCUCUAAUGGAAAAACUAAAGACUCAGAAUCCAGAGAUUAUUGCAGAUUCAAUCACCAAUCUUACACGUGAUGCCGUUGCCCUACGCGACACUGGGCUCUCAUUGCUGGAGCGCUGGUCUACAGCGCUGGAUGAAUUUUUGCAUAGGCGCGGUGCCUCUCUUUCCACUCGCGAGCGCCGGGGAGCCGCCAUUCUACAAUUACGCAAGAUUGACUGCUUCGUAGCACUCAAUGCCCAACCACUAGUCCCCGAGUUAGAGGCAGAGAAUUCAAGUUCUUACACCUGGGACAAGUUCUGCCCUUUUUUCGAGCAGAUGGUGGUUCUAGGCGAGUCGAUCAAUGACAUAUAUUCUUCUCCUUCGUCUUCGCCAUCUUCGUCUAUCUCGUCAUAUCCAUCCUCAUCCAAGACUUUUUCGCUCGACUUCGGCAUCAUUGCAAGUAUGUUCAACGUCGCUGCACAUUGUCGCGACCCAUACAUCCGAAGGCGUGCCGUAAGCGUGCUCCGCUCCUCCACCGUCCAGGAAGGGGUGUGGAACAGCGUCGCUAUAGCGGCUAUCGCAGCGAAGUGGGUCGAAAUCGAAGAGGAAGGGCUGAAGGGCGUAACAAGCUGUGCAGAUAUACCCGCUGCAGCAAGACUGGCGCAGUUUCUGCCUGUCUUCGAUGUGGAUCAGCCCAGUGCGCAGGUAUAUUUUAGCCAUUCGCUCAUUUUGGAUCCUGCGAAUGUACGCAGAGAGGUAUUGCAAUGGUAG